AUGAAAAAAGUGGCAGAGAUUUCCCAGAAGCAGUGCGAGCUUUAAAGCAGCGAUGACUGUCGGGUUAGAAUAACCUUCGCCUCCACCCGCGUGGGUGGGAGGAGCUACCAGUCACCGACUCCAGCUGCUUUCUUCACCUCCCACCACAGCUCAGCGGGCUGCCUCGGGAGCAGGAUCGUACCGACGCCACCUCAUCCGUCUCUUCUCCCGAUCCCGAUGAAGUGAUACACCUGCAGCCACGUUUGGACGAUGAAACACCAGCUCGGCCUCACUUUUCAGCAACUUUUCCCCGAGUUUGGAGGAGCUGGGAGGAGACGCGGAGACUGAGGAGCUCUCGCUGAGCGGCAGAGGUCUGUAACGAAGCCUGUGUCCGUUGGUGUCGUUUGCGGCGGAGAUCGCCUGGCGCCCGUCAUGUCGCCUUGGAUGAUCCUUCCCGUCAGCCUGCCUGUCUUCAUCAUCACAGGAAUAUGGGUGGUAUACGCGAUGGCCCUCUACAACCAGCACGUCUGCCCUGUGAACAACUGGGUUUACAAUGAGUCCUGUGUGGAGCCGCUUCCAUUACAGAGGGGACCUGUACUGUGUUGCACCCUGGACAACAUACCACUCAUCAGUAAAUGUGGAACUCUGCCACCUGAAAGCUGCUUUUUCAGCCUCAUAUGCAGCACCGGAUCCUUUAUGGUGAUGCUGAUCGGCCUGCUGCGCUACGCUCACGUGAUCGAGAAGCACCAGAACUGCAUCCUCAACACCGCCGGCCUCUCCGCCGGGUGGCUCUGCGCCGCGGGGCUCAUCAUGGUGGGAAACUUCCAGGUGGAUUUUGCUAAAGUCCUUCACUACGUGGGAGCUGGGGUCGCCUUCCCCUCCAGCAUGCUGUUUGUGUGCCUUCAGUCGGCUCUGACCUACAGACUGGCCAAGACCCAGGAGGAAUACUGGAUAGGUCACAUACGAGUGGGGAUGGCCCUGCUGGCCCUCAUCGCCCUGGUGCUCAGUGGGGGUUUUUUCUGCCAGGAGAGCUAUGCCCUGCAGCACGCCUCCGCCAUCUUUGAGUGGAUCUACUGCUCGAUCAUCAUGUUCUUCUACGGGACUUUUGCCUUUGAGUUCGGGGGCAUGUCGGGGGACACCCUGAUGGUGCUCUCCAAAGGCGGGGCGAUGCAGAGCUUUUCCACCUCUGACCACAAGACAGAGGUCGGCGGAGCCGGCCACCACCAGCCAGAGAGCUUAUCGAUCCUGUGACUUAACUACGGUGUGUUUGAGAAAAACUGGAGGUGAAAGAGUAACAGAGUCUAGAGGCUGGAUGCUGCACCCUGCAUAUCACCACACUCACUACUACAAAGUGCCAAAGCUGCUCUCCUCAGCAGUGACCAAAGACUGACAGACUUCUGUCCUGCAAAGCGUUGCACAAAACCAACAAUGCCUGUGCGAACACAAACACCAACAAAGAAACACACACGAGCACACCCACAGUCCUUAAUGUUUGGUUUAAUUGUCUCAGAGUAACAAUCGGUCUCUGAAAGUGCCUCAGAUGUCGCUCCUCGCUGCGCGCCGUCAGUCCUGGAGCCUUGCAUUGUUUCUACUCAGGAAGUUUUGUUACACAAUCAGGUUUCUCUCCAUACCUCCGCAGCAAAAUGAGGGUUUCCACAAACAUCAGACAGCAGGUGGGCUUCAUGUGCGACAACUAGCCUCUCCUAUCAAAGUAGCUUAAAGAUGUAAAUGUUAUUCUAAGCUGAAUUUCAACACUUGGUGCAACUGUUUAAGGCAACAUUGCCCAUGUAGCUCUCUCAUAUUUCCCAGAUAAGCUCAGUUUUGUUUUGUCUUUUGUUGUUUCUUAUUUCAGCUCAUUGCCAAAAGAAAUGCUGUAUAAUUUCUCUUUAAUGGGACCAAACUAUGAAGGUGAAACAUUGAUAUGUUUAACAUCUUUAAUUUCAUCAUACGCGGAAAUACUUUAUUUAAAUUGUAUUUCUUAGAAUGUACACUGAAAGUAAAACAAUAAAACAGUUAAUAUGAAA